AUGUCUGAAUUUCCAGCCACCGAGCUAGACCUGUUGGCCGCGCUGUCUCUACAGAACACAUCACGGCCUGGAGUCACCGUCGUGCCUGGCAUGCAACCACAGAGAGCUGCAUACACCUUGCAAGGAGAUACGCGGUCGUUACAAGUAGAAGGAGAACCAUUCGAGCGAGCAGCUGAACUCUUGCGACGUUCGCCAGAGUUCACGCUACUUGCUGCUCUGCGGCAAGAUCCAGCCAACUCUGGCACUAUUUUAUCGUUCUCUCACGGCUUUAACAGGUACCUGGAGGUGCAGUCCAGCGGACGGAGGGACGAGGUGCGCCUGCACUACGUGGCGGCGGGAGGCACGGCGCCGCGCAUCGAGACCUUCCCAUUCCGGUUGGCGGAUGGCGCCUGGCACCGGCUGGCGCUAGCGGUGUCGGGCGCGCAGGCAACGCUCUUUGUGGACUGCCAUCCGCUCUACCGCCGCCUCAUACCGCCACCCGAUAGGAAUUUCACACAGCCGCAACUCGCUCUCUGGGUUGGGCAAAGAAAUAGCAAACAUUCCUUGUUUAAGGGAACACUACAAGACGUAAGGUUGGUGUCUGGGCCUCAUGGAUACCUAGUUCAAUGUCCAGGUUUAGAUUCUGAAUGUCCUACCUGUGGUCAGUUCGCUUUGCUACAGGCUACAGUUCAAGAGUUAACUUCACAUAUUCAUGAUCUUUCACUCAAGUUGGUGGGCACAGAAGCCCGGCUGGCGCGGUUGGAGCAGUGUGACUGCCAGAAGUCAUGCUACUCCAACGGCACAGUACACGCAGAUGGCGCCACUUGGCAGAAGGACUGUAAUCGCUGCUCAUGCGUGCACGGGGAGAUAACGUGUAGGCCGGUGGAGUGCGACAGGGCGGAAUGUAAGAACCCGGUACUACACCCGGGCGAAUGCUGUCCUACUUGCUUGAGACAAUGCCUACUAAAAGGCACAUUAUAUGAGCACGGCGAACGUUUCGCGCCAAAGGAAUGCGCGGAAUGUGUAUGCCACGAUGGCAACAUGCAGUGUACAAGGGUCGACCCAGACACCGCCUGUCCGCCCUUACCCUGCGACCCGCCGGAUCAGUUCACCGUGCCUGGCGAAUGCUGCAAGUUUUGUCCAGGCGUGGACUACUGCAGCAUGGGUCACUCGUGUGAUGAGAACGCGACGUGUAUGAAUCUCAAUACUAAAUAUACUUGCAAGUGUAAUCAAGGAUUUCAAGGAGACGGACUUUCUUGUGAAGACGUGGAUGAAUGUCAGCAAGCGGGCGGUUUGUACGGUCACCACUGCCACUCGAACACACGGUGCGUUAACGUAGUAGGUGGGUACGUAUGCCAAUGCCUGCCUGGGUACACGCGACGCGACAAAUUCAACUGCGUAGAAGUCGACGAGUGUGCGAGCGAGACGCACUCAUGCCACGCAGAUGCAGUGUGUGCGAACACGCCAGGUUCCUAUUCCUGUCAAUGCAGAGAGGGAUAUAGUGGCGAUGGCUAUAUUUGUACUCCAAUAUGUACGGGUGGAUGUCUGAACGGCGGCGUCUGCGCGGGUCCAGAGCGAUGCGUGUGUGCGCGUGGCUUUGGCGGGUCCCGGUGUGAGCGUGACGUGGACGAGUGCGCUCCCCCCGCGCACCCGUCAGCCCACGCGCCCUGUGUACCGCGCGCUGCGUGUGUCAACACGCCCGGUUCCUAUUACUGCGUGUGCCGGGACGGCUAUCGCCGCGACCCACAUAGAGAUCAUUGUGAAGAUGUAGAUGAAUGUUCGGAAGGAUUCCACACAUGUCACCCGAGUGCGCGUUGUGUCAACGUGGAGGGAAGCUUCCGUUGUGAAUGUGAUACACAACCCUGUGAACUUAGUUGUUCGUGGCAAGGCAAUAUAAUUCCGGACGGGACUCGGUGGGCGGAAGCGGGCGGAUGCCGCACGUGCUCGUGCGUGGGCGGAGUCGCUUCGUGCACGCGCGCUCUUUGCGCCUGUGAUACAGACAAUACCUCACUACCGAUGGACAGCGAGAGCCUAGCUCCGUCGUCGUGUUGCCCGCACUGCGAGGCGCGGUUCCACUGUCGCCAUCAGGAGAUGCAUCACGUCACUUUCCGAAGCGGCGAGCGCUGGCUCUACCAGUGCCAGAUCUGCGAAUGCCUCCUGGGCGAGGUGGACUGCUGGGAGCCACAGUGCUCGGAGGGGGGCGGGUGCUGCGGGGCGCGGGGGGAGUGGCGGGCCUCGACGCAUCUCGAGCUGCCCGGCUGCGCACCGCACUGCGCGUGCACGGGCGGGCAGUGCGCCGCUACUCUGAUGUUGCAUGAGGGUGUCCGUAUGCAGAGCGCGUCGCUCGCUGACGGCGGCGCUGGCCCUCGCGGCGCUGUGGCUGGGACGCGCGCCUCGGCCGCACCGCAAGCAUCGCGGCGCGCGGCGCUAGAGCCGCCCUGA